AUGCCUCUUAAGGUGCCGCUGCCGUUGGAGCCUCCGCUUGAUUUAGAGUGCAGCAGAAUUCCCUCGGCUUGGCGGGUCGCUUCCCCGCAGCUGCCUCCUCACCUGCUGCCGCAGCAGCAGCAGCAGCAGCAGCAGCAGCAGCGGGAGCAGCAGCAGCAGCAGCAGGAGCAGCAGGGGGCGCAGCAGCAGCAGCAGCAGCAGCAGCAGCAGCAGCAGCAGCAGCAGCAGCGGGAGCAGCAGCAGCAGCAGCAGGAGCAGCAGGGGGUACAGGAAGGAGAACAGGCAGCGGAGUCUGCUGCUGCUGCUGUCUGGGAUUAUGUGGCCCUACACCUCGGAGAUAUAUCUAAGCUGCGUUGCUGCGGAGCUGUGGCUGGGUUGGAUCGAUCGCUGCGGAUAUAUGGAGAAGGCCGCGGCUUUCGGGGGGCCUCGCAGCUGUUUGCUGCUGCUGGCCCCUGGCUGCAUCUCUUCCUGCAGCAGCAGCAGCAGCACAUGCAGCAGCAGGGCCAGCAACAUCAGCAGCAGCAGCAGCAGCCCGGGGAGCAGCAGCUGCACUAA